CUUUUGUCAUGAACGAAUAUUUGAAAUGAAACUUUUUUUUUUUUUUUUAAUAAAGAUUAGUUUUUGAAUUACUAUAAAUUAUUGUUUUACUAUGCUUGUCCUUAGUCUGUUACCUUAAAUUAUGCGACUGUAACUUAAAUUUUACUCUCAUAGAAUUUUAUUUAUUGCCCAGAACUGAAUUCCCCUAUUUUGCGCCCUAUACAGUUACGGUGCCUGACUGGCAUAUUUCAUGGUUUCAAUAAUCUUGUUUUCGGGAGGUAGGAUAUCCUGUCAGUCUUCAUAAUUUGCAUACUCUAACAACACAAACAAAGUUCAGUGUUUCAGGCUAGCCUAUUCUCCAAUAAUAACUAUUGCAUACUGUAUAGAUAAUGUUGCCAUGCAAAAAAAUGACAGAAAUAAUGCGAAACUAUGAAAGCACCCGCAUGUAACUCUGGCAACCGCAGGGCGCGUGGCAGGGGGCGAGUCCUGUAAUCAGAUAUCUAAACGAGUGGCAAUGCGCGCUGACUUAACCGGGAAACCCACUCAUCUGACGUCACCCAGGAGAAAACACCCAUAAGCAACCAAUAAAGUGUGCCUUCAAAUGUAAAUAAACUCAUGUGGACGGAGGAGGUUCUGUGAGUGCACUUGUUCAGUGUGCACAACCGAGUACCGGUCCUCACCGAAAAGACAGCACAAUGGUCGCCUUUACUUUAUAUGAAUGCACAAGCAAGCAGGUCAGUCCGAGUAAAAGAAAAAGGCAGGGAAAUGCUAAUGAGAACGAAGACGUAACCCCAGAAGACAGAGUCGAAGCACUCAUCAGCAGGGCAAAUAUGAGGGCUCCCGUGAAAAAAGCAAGGUACCUACGACACAGAAAGCAGAAAAUAGAGUCUAUGCUUAGCGACUCCGGCAUUGGAGAAGAUUUUGAGACUCCUAGUCCCAGUCUUUCGUCAGAUGCAGGGUGUGAUAGCCCGAUGCUGGGGCAAUCCCAGUUGUCCACACCGCUAAUAGACUGGCAGAAUUUCAGAGAAUAUGGCGAUACUUGUUACUUCUACCAAAGGAACAACGAAGAGCGGUAUCACCCAGUCAAUUGUUUAUCUCUUCAGCCGCAGGUUACAGCAGAAGCUAGAUGCAAGCUAAUCAGCUGGUUGAUCCCCGUCCAUAGACAUUUCAACCUGUGCUUUGAGUCAUUCUGCCUUGCAGUCAACAUCAUGGACCGUUUUCUCAUGACAACGCCAGUUGCCUCAGAUUGUUUCCAGUUGUUAGGCGUCACGUCACUGCUCAUCGCGUGCAAACAAGUGGAGGUGUAUUCACCCCGGAUAAAGCAGUUGCUUGCCCUGUGCUGUGAUGCUUUUACAAAGGAGCAGCUUUGCAACCUAGAGUGCAUUAUCCUGAUCAAGUUGAACUUCAGCCUGACUGCUCCAACACUUGCUUUCUUCCUUGAGCACUUCACAAAACAGAGACUAGAGGAUGGUGAUGAGCUAUGCAAACGAAGACUCUCAGAAUCAGGACAAACAAAAAACCUUGCCAGGAAAAUCGCUGAGCUCAGUCUGGCAGAUUAUGCAUUUAAUAGGUACCCUGCUUCCCUUCUGGCCAUCUGUGCAAUAGGGCUAGCAGACCAAAUGAUGAAUCUUCAUUACACGAUCAGUCAGGAUCUCAGUGGAUAUCCACAGAGUGUGGUGGACGACUGUACAGAAAAUCUGAGGUUGCUAGUGUCACUCAACAGAGAAGUAUUACAUUCCUUGGCAGAAUUAUAAUUUAUAAUGCACCUCUGAAUAUUGUUUAUGUAAUGUUCCAUGGGCUUGUUCUAAUUUAUAUAUGUUACAGUACCGAUUCUAACAGAAUUAUGUUGUAAAUCAUGUGUUACUAAAAUAGUCUUGUUCUAAGACACCUUUUUAAACUUUUAUUUGGGUGUUUAAUUUAAAAUCAAUGUAUAUUAUGCAAUCUCUAUACAGGAAUGCAAUGUUGUAAUGACUUGUACAGAAUUCCUAAAGUAUUGCCAUAGUUAUAGCUCAUUUAUUUUCUUUUACUGGGAAGGAAAACAGAGACCUCCUAAAUGAGGAACUGAAUAUUGUCACUUGUAUAACACUUUCGG